AAGCCCGUCAUGUCGGUGUCGUCCAAUCACAGGUCCCAACAACGAUCUUGGACCCCAGGUCUGGAAAUCGGCAUGUCAGGGUCACUGGAUCGCCAGUCACCGCUGAACGUGACGUCUGACACAGCCUCUCUCCUCUCACCAUCGUCCUCAAGCUUCUCAAGUGCCAAUGGGGGGCCAGCAUCACCCAGUAUACCAACAGCCCCGUUCACCAUUGGCUCCAGUGGUAAUAUGCUCAGCUCCAGUAACAGCAACAGCUUAAGUACAUCACCUAACCAGUACCCACCCAGCCAUCCUCUGUCAGGCUCCAAGCACCUCUGUUCCAUCUGUGGGGACCGUGCAUCUGGGAAACACUAUGGCGUCUACAGCUGUGAGGGUUGUAAGGGAUUCUUCAAACGAACAGUUCGUAAGGAUCUCACUUACGCCUGUCGAGAGGACAGAUCCUGCACUAUUGACAAGAGACAAAGGAAUCGUUGCCAGUUCUGCCGAUACCAGAAGUGUUUGUCCAUGGGCAUGAAGAGAGAAGCGGUCCAGGAGGAGCGUCAACGUACAAAAGGUGACAAAGGUGAUGGAGACACAGAGUCAUCAUGUGGAGGCAUCUCAGACAUGCCCAUAACAAGUAUCCGUGAGGCGGAACUGAGCGUUGAACACACGGAUGAACAGCCGCUUGACCAAGGGGAUGCUGUAACUAACAUAUGCCAGGCAGCAGACAGACACUUAGUACAACUGGUGGAGUGGGCUAAACACAUCCCACACUUCACAGAUCUUCCUGUUGAAGAUCAAGUUGUCUUACUCAAGGCUGGGUGGAACGAACUACUCAUCGCUUCCUUCUCACACCGAAGCAUGGGAGUCGAAGACGGCAUUGUAUUAGCUACUGGACUUGUGGUGCACAGAAGUAGCGCUCACCAGGCAGGAGUUGGAACUAUUUUCGACCGAGUGUUGUCCGAGUUGGUCGCUAAGAUGAAGGAGAUGAAGAUGGACAAGACGGAGCUGGGUUGUUUACGCUCUAUAGUGCUCUAUAAUCCAGAUGCCAAGGGAUUAACAUGUUGUAAUGAUGUGGAGAUUCUACGAGAGAAGGUUUAUGCAGCUCUUGAGGAGUACACACGCACCAGUUACCCUGAGGAACCUGGUCGAUUUGCAAAACUUCUCUUACGAUUACCUGCAUUAAGAUCCAUAGGCUUAAAAUGCCUUGAGUAUCUUUUCUUGUUCAAGCUGAUUGGAGACACACCUUUGGACAACUACUUGAUGAAGAUGCUUGUUGACAACCCCAACAACACCUCCCCAUCAAGUUAAGAAGUGAUAUACGCGUGUGUGUGAUAAGGCAGCAAUCAUGACCUUUGGUGUUUCUCUAUUUUAAGUUUAUGCUUUGAAGUGAACCUAACUGAAGCACUUUGAUAAAUUAAUUAGGUGUGAUUGUUGGUGUUCUUACUAUGAAGAAACUUACGUGUACAUUAUCCCUGUUGUGAAUACGAUGACAUUUGUAGAGAUAAUUAUUGGUCUGUGAAUAUGGUGGAGAAAAUGAUAUCGCUGACGGUGUUGUGGUGAACCGUGGCUGCUUGAUGUGUGGUACCUUACAUUGUGGAAAAAAUUAACACAGAGGAAUGAACAAAAUGUAUUGGUAGAUUGUGAUGGUCCGAGAGCUGGAGAUGGUUAAGUUGCCUGUAACAGUAUGAGACAAGUUAAAGAAGAAUGUUAAAGACAGUGUGAAGGACAGUCAUAAUGAUAAUGAAAUAGUGUUGAGUGAAAAAUAAGAGAAGGUUCAACUGUAAGGAAAGAGAAGUUAUAUAAAAAAUGGGAUUGUUUCUGAUGUAGCCAUUAAUAUACAGUAAUAGUUUUUGUACAUGUGAACAGUGCUUAAGAACCUUUAUUUCUCAAAAUUGGAUUCUCCAGAAAAUCUACACUAUUUAAUUAUAUAUAAUAUUCAAAAGUUUGCAAUAUAUUUAUAUGACAUGAGUUUUAUGCUUUUUAUAAAAAAGGACAAUUUUCCUCAAACUUAAUAGCGUUUUCUCCCAACAUUUCUUUUAAUAGUUUGCGGAAAAACAAAAAAAAACAAAAUUCCUGACCAGUGAAGUGAAAGGAAAUGAGAUAUAUUUAAUUAAUUUUAUCCUACAAACACUUCACUUUACACUAAAUACUAUAUUGAGGAAUACAGUACAAAUGUGUGACAAAAGUUUUAAUCUUUUGCUCUUGAUAAUUCUUAUGGAGUGUAUAAGAAUAAUCAUACAUGUAGGAGUGUGUAGUAACACUAAAAGAGUACUGGUAGUCCCUGGAAAAUAAUACAUGUUUGAUAUUGUCUCGGUGAACCUGCUUGCAUAUAGCUGCUAUAUAUCUAUUGAAUGCCAGUUUUGACAGUAAGCAUAAUAAUUUCUGUUGUAUGUUGGACAUGUGUUCAAAUGGUCAUAAAAGUUGAGAACACCUCAUCACUCCUUGUGUAAAUCAUCAGUGAUUCAGACGUUUGUGCGUGUCUGGUGCUCUCAACAUUUACACUCAUUUCUCUAUACAAUGUAGAUAUAAAAAUCAUCAUGCAAUAUGUUAGAAUCAUCUCGGUACUGUAUCUUGCCUAGGGAGCCAUUUCAACUUGCUAUGUGUUUGAUAUAUGUUGUUUAUCAUGUUUAAUAAAAAAACAUUUUGAAAAUUUCAUUUGGUGUUGAAUAAGGUAAGAUGCUUCAGCACAAUCAUCCCAGUGUAACUCUGUACAUAUAUAGAAUAUCAUUUCAUUUUUCAUUCUGUAUGUAUUGCUGAAUUUAAUGUUUUAAUUAUUGUGCAACUUUAAACUAUAUUAAUCUUGUUCUCCAACUGAAUACAAGAAGUGUAAUUACAAGGAUUUCACACAGUCAGCAAACCAUAAGAGUUUCUGUGUUAGUUGACUAUUAACAGUUGGCUAACUCAUUUAUUAUUUUAGAGGGAAGACUUAAUAUUAUGUGGUAGCUGUGUGCUCCUUAACUGUUCAUACAAGGGUUCAAGCCAUCAUUUUAUAUAUUUUAUAUAUAUAUAUAUAUAUAUAUAUAUAUAUAUAUAUAUAUAUAUAUAUAUAUAUAUAUAUAUAUAUAUAUAUAUAUAUAUAUAUAUAUAUAUAUAUAUAUAUAUAUAUAUAUAUAUAUAUAUAUAUAUAUAUAUAUAUAUAUAUAUAUAUAUAUAUAUAUAUAUAUAUAUAUUAAUUUUUUACUAUGCAGAGCUUUCAUACUUAAUCAUUUACGACUCAUUCAUGAUCCGUUUGCACAAAGGUUUGUUUUACUGACUCUUGUAUAUAUUAAUGGUUACUGCUGUAUACAAUUCUUCAGUACUAAUAAUUUGUGAAAUGGUACAAUAGAAAUGUUGUGUGCAAGACUAUUUUUACCUCGGUACAACACGAUUCAUUGUCGUGAAUCUAUGGUGAUGAUAUUAUACGGUUAGCGUUUAUUAACAUUAAUGUUGUCAUUUUUCUGGUCACUCUGCCCGGUUGUGAGUGUGGCUGCCGGCCUCGGUGUCCUGAGGUCGGUAGUCCAGUUUUAAGUUGUCCUUUGAUGUUGACCUUUCAUAGCAUUAGGUUAUCAAUGAAAUAUUGAACCAUUUAAAAUUCACUUGUUAAUACAGCAUAGAUUGAUGUAUAGAACCUGGAUUUUCAGUAUUUUCUGAAAGUAAACUGUGUCAUAUACAAAGCUUACAAUCCCUGUGAACUAAAUUACUUAAGUUAUGGAGAAUAAGAAAAAUUAUCUAGAGUUGCUAAUGGGGCAAGGUUAAUUAUAAUCCUUGAAGUCAGCAUCAUCUUUCUUGUAUGUGAUCUUGAUAAAAUAAGUAAUUCAUGCCAUUGUUUCUACCCAGACCUUCGUUCCUGCAGAGAUAUUCUUGUGCUUCAGACAGUGUAUCUGACUUGUUCUCUUCUGUGGUGAUAGGAUCAUGUAGAGUUUUUAGACUAUAUAGUCAUACUUAGGGAUUUUUCACUUUUGUAAUCAUUAUUAUAUUUGGUUUUAAUUGUGUGAAUUCUGUGCCCAGUGCUCAAGUUUAUAAAUGUUACAAAAAAUUUACAGUUGGUUAUUUGGAUGUCGCAAAAAAUAUUUUUGUUGGCGAUAGCCAGCGAUGAAAGUGACGGAUGAGAUACAUUUUGUACAUACCCCGGUAGUCUUAAUAUAUAUAAUUUUAAGUGUUGUUAUAAAUGCUGGAGACUCUUUAUGUAAAUGAUGACAAUUAACCCAUGCAGUUUAUGAUUUUGUGGAUAGAGGGUAAUGCAUACAUGGCUCCAGUGCUUGGCCAUGAAGACUAACAAGUGAGAGAGCUAAAGACAAUUUCUACAACUUAUGUUUGUCAGCUGCAGGAAGCCACAUUAAGUAUUGAAAUAAGAUUAAUCUUCAAUGUGUUCCCUUAAUUCCAGUGUUGGCCUAUUCAAAGGCAUGUUGAAAUAAAGUGCAUCUUAAUGCUGAA